AAUUAUUUUUCUAAAAUACUUUUAAAAAAAACACUAUAUGUCCUUUUCUCAUUGCAUAUUGUGUUCCAUAGAAUAACUUGUAGAAACCAAUCGUUGUGAAUGUGUGAGCUUACAUAUACAGGUGUUGUUGCUCAUAGUUGGUAUCUCUAAUUUCUUGCUUUCUAUCUGCUGUAAAUGCAUUUGCCUUCGUUCGCCCACAUACGCACAUUCUAUAAGAGAAGCGAGGUCUUCGAAUUUUGAGAAGGGUUCAGCCAAUCAAGAAAAUGGCGACAGUAGAUCAAGAAAUGAACAUCUCGGUAGAGAGCUCAAGGUUUCACCUUGUUAAACGGUUUCGAGAACAUUAUCCUUCUGGUUUUCACAGAAAGGUGGUGGCAGAGGUUAUAGCAACCUAUCUGUUGGUCUUUGUGACAUGUGGUGCUGCUGCUAUUAGUGCUAGUGACGAGCACAAAGUCUCAAAACUAGGAGCGUCAGUAGCAGGAGGGCUCAUAGUGACUGUGAUGAUCUAUGCAGUAGGGCACAUCUCUGGUGCACACAUGAACCCUGCUGUCACCACAGCUUUUGCAGCCGUCCUAAAUUUUCCUUGGAAACAGGUCCCAUUUUAUGCUGCAGCGCAAUUAACAGGAGCAAUUUCUGCUUCAUUUACUCUGAAAGUGCUCCUACAUCCCAUAAGAAAUGUCGGCACUACUUCACCAUCUGGAACAGUUGUUCAAGCUCUCAUCAUGGAAAUCGUCGUAACAUUUUGCAUGAUGUUCAUCACUUCUGCUGUGGCUACCGAUACUAAAGCUGUAGGAGAACUGGCAGGUAUAGCUGUUGGUUCGGCAGUCUGUAUAACAUCCAUCUUGGCCGGCCCAGUAUCAGGUGGAUCUAUGAACCCAGCAAGGACACUGGGACCAGCAAUUGCUAGUCGAUACUUUAAAGGCGUAUGGGUGUACCUGCUCGGACCAGUGACAGGAACGCUCCUUGGAGCAUGGUCCUACAAUCUGAUUCGCGUGACUGACAAACCAGUUCAAGCAAUUCCUCGUCGUUUUUCAUUCGGAUCUCGUAGAACGAGGGCCAUUGAUGAGCAGUCUCCGAGCAUGGGCCCUCUCGAUGCUUUCUGAAGAGAUACGGUCGUCGGGAACAAUAGCCGAGCUCACACGUGACAGUCUUUCAAAGAUUCCACGCCUCACAAUGUAUUAUACCAAGCUUAUCUUCUGUGUUGCUUUUCAAGCCUGUUUGUACCAUAGAAGUUGUUGUCAAUGGAUUGGAGUUCAGAAAUAAAAUCAUAGGAUGCAGUAGAGAUGAUUCUGCAACUGUAUCAGUUUCAUA